GGGGAUGGUGAAAUUCCAUGAAACUAUAUUUUUUGCACAUAUGAGAAUGUACCUAAUACAUGUUUUAGUUAGGUAUGUACAAUAAUUUUUAUUAUUGGAUUCUUUUGAAAGUUUAAUAUUACUCUACAUAAUACUUUAAAUGUAACAAAUAUAAUAUAUUUUAAAGAAAUAAAGAUAACAGUAAAAAAAAAAAAACCUAAAUCAGUCAAUUUUGUAUUUAUUUUCAAAUAUGAAAAGUUGUCUUAUUUUCAAUCAGAGUGGCAGCUCCUGUUUUCUCCUCCCAUCUGUGGGCCGUAUCGCUGCCAUUGGUUCUUCCGCGACAUCUCCGCCGCAGCGGGUAGUCCCGCCCCUGCUCUCACAUAUACUGGCAGCCGAGGAAGCAGUAAGGCACGACCGCUGUUCUCUAACGUCAAGAUACUCAACCGAGUCAUAUUCGCUCAUCAUUUAACGGCAGGAAGUGACUGAAGUCGAGCGGACAUUUGUUUCACGAACAAGCAGACAGGAAUAUGGAUGAGCUGCAGGACGUCCAGCUGACGGAGAUCAAGCCGCUGCUGACCAACAAGAAUGCUCGCAACUUUCAAGAUUUCGACUGUCAGGAGCACGACAUUGAGACGCCUCAUGGUGUUCUCCAUGUGACAAUGAGAGGUGUUCCCAAAGGCAACAGACCCGUCAUCCUAACCUAUCACGACAUUGGCCUCAAUCAUAAGUCCUGCUUCAACACCCUCUUCAACUAUGAGGACAUGCAGGAGAUCACCCAGCACUUUGCUGUGGUCCACGUAGACGCGCCCGGCCAGCAGGAGGGUGCACCCCCCUUCCCCACCGGGUAUCGCUACCCAACCAUGGACGAGCUCGCCGAAAUGCUGCCCUCCGUGAUGACUCGCCUGAAGAUCAACAGCGUGAUCGGCAUUGGCGUGGGGGCGGGAGCAUACAUCCUCACCCGCUUUGCUUUGAACAACCCCACCCUGGUGGAAGGACUGGUUCUGAUCGACGUUGACCCAUGUGCUGAAGGCUGGAUUGACUGGGCUGCUUCAAAGUUGUCUGGAUGGACCAGUAACCUGGUGGAUAUCGUCAUGGCUCACCACUUCAGCACUGAUGAGCUGACUGAUAACCAGGAGCUGAUUCAGACCUAUCGCCUUCACAUCGCCCAAGACAUCAACCAAGACAACCUGGCUCUCUUCUGUGGCUCCUACCAAUACCGCCAAGACCUGGGCAUUGAGAGACCCAUCGUAGGUUUGAAUGAGGACACAGUCAACACACUAACGUGCCCUGCUCUGCUGGUAGUAGGUGACACAUCACCUGCAGUGGAGGCUGUGGUGGAGUGCAAUUCCAGGUUGAAUCCCACCAAGACUACACUGCUAAAGAUGGCUGACUGUGGAGGCUUGCCUCAAGUUGUGCAGCCCGGGAAGCUUGCUGAAGCAUUCAAAUACUUUGUUCAGGGCAUGGGCUACAUCCCGUACGUUCAUCUCAGUCACCUGAGCAACGAAUCAGUGCCGUCAGCUGGAAUGACUCGCCUGGCUCGCUCUCGCACAACCUCCUCCUCCAGCAUCACCUCCAUGGACACUAGCCGCAGUCGCAACAACCUCAACAGCUUGCUGGAGAGCAACUCCGCUGGGGCUCUGGACCGCCAGUCUGGAACUCAGACCAUGGAAGUCUCAUGUUAAACCCCCCCACCUCGCCCCCGCACUCCCUCAUAGUAACAUACAUGCCCUCUCUUCUCUCUAAUCUUUCUCUGAUGCAACUUAACGCCAGGGCAUCUAUGUGACAGAAGGAUCUAAUAUAUUAACAGAUGCAUAUAAUAUUAAAUGUACUGUCAGACAUAACUAUAUUCAAAUGCGUUGUAUAUUCAAAUGGUGAACACCAUUUGACUGAGAUGUCUAACCUCGUAUUUAUUUUUUUUCCACUUUUGUCUUUGUCGUAACCCUCCUCACACCGUAGAAAUGAUGUGUUUUAAGACCUUUUUUUACUCUUGACAUGUGUGUUUCACUGAUCGCCAUCGUUUUAUUUUAUAACUUGAGUCAUUUUCUGGUACUACUGGAGAUCCAAAAGGAUCUUUGAAUCUACGGUGGCUUCAGGAGUGGGCCUGCAGCACCUCUGCACCGCCUUGCUUCUAACAAAUCAUUUCACAAAGUAGCACUGCAAACUGUAGCACUGAUCCUGUGAGAAAACUUCUGGAGAGCUACUUUUAAACAUUCUUUUUUUUUUUGUCUUUUGAAUUCUUUCCUGUUGUCCUUCUACACGUGCUGAUGUUUGUGUUUGGCUGAAACUGUACGUGAGAAGUACAAACGCCCCCUUCACGUUGGAGCUUCUCACCGUGCUGAUUCUGCUCAUUUAUAUUCUGAAUAAAGCUGCAAAUAAAGUACA